CACAGGCAGAGUCUGCUCCUUCCCUGGCAGGUCUUUCUCCUUUUUUCCUGCUGCUUCCCUGCUAGGCGUCAUGCCCAAAGUGCUGCAAAGUCCAGGGUCACUCCCCUGAGGCAAGCUCAUGGUGAACCUCCAUCAGUCUCCCAAGGUGGGAUAAGAGACGGCUCUGCUCAGAACAUAGGUAGCCCGGGGAGACUGUGACACAGGUACCCAGAGAGUAAGCAGGCAGCAAGUGCAGUUGCCCACCAGCAGCCCCAAGCCAGCUCCAGCCCAGACACUGGACACUAUGCCUGCCAAACUUUUGGUUUCCCAAGGCUGACAAGACUCCAUCUCUCCUGCGCCCAAACACACACAUGGUUUUCCCUGCUUUACUAAUGCCUGGCUCGAGGCCAAGAGAAUCACCUUGCUUUGUAAAGAUGGAGUCCUUGCUUAAAACAGACUUCUGUCCCACCUUUGGCAAGUCCUGAAGGUGGGGGGAAGCCAUGGAUGAAACUGUUCCAGCCCAUGCCUCUGGCAUGGAUGUCUACUCAGGUCCUGUGUGGCUGGCCGCUCCCAACUGCACCCCCAGGGCCCUCAACCUGUCCCUCCCCGAUGGGGCCCUCAACUGGUCCCUCCUGAAGCAGGGCACUGCCCUAGGGAACCUCACGGGAGACCUCUCGGAGCACCAGCAGUAUGUGAUCGCACUCUUCCUCUCAUGCCUCUACACCAUCUUCCUCUUCCCCAUCGGCUUUGUGGGCAACAUCCUCAUCCUGGUGGUGAACAUCAGUUUCCGGGAGAAGAUGACAAUCCCCGACCUGUACUUCAUCAACCUGGCAGCUGCUGACCUCAUCCUAGUGGCUGACUCGCUGAUUGAGGUGUUCAACCUGCACGAGCAGUACUAUGACAUUGCAGUGCUAUGUACCUUCAUGUCCCUGUUCCUACAAAUCAACAUGUACAGCAGUGUCUUCUUCCUCACCUGGAUGAGCUUUGACAGGUACCUGGCACUGGCCAAGGCCAUGCGCUGUGGCCUCUUCCGUACCAAGCACCAUGCCAGGCUCAGCUGUGGCCUCAUCUGGAUGGCCUCCGUGUCCGCCACACUGGUGCCCUUCACAGCCGUGCACCUGCGGCACACCGAGGAGGCCUGUUUCUGUUUCGCUGAUGUCAGGGAGGUUCAGUGGCUGGAAGUCACGCUGGGCUUCAUCGUGCCCUUUGCCAUCAUUGGCCUCUGCUACUCCCUCAUCGUGCGGGCCCUCAUCCGUGCCCAUAGGCACCGUGGCCUGCGCCCACGCAGGCAGAAGGCCUUGCGCAUGAUCUUUGCUGUUGUCCUGGUCUUCUUUAUCUGCUGGCUGCCAGAGAAUGUCUUCAUCAGUGUGCACCUCCUGCAGUGGAAGCAGCCGGGGGACAUGCCCUGCAAGCAGUCCUUCCGCCACGCCUACCCCUUGACCGGCCACAUCGUCAACCUGGCAGCCUUCUCCAACAGCUGCCUGAAUCCCCUCAUCUACAGCUUCCUCGGGGAGACCUUCAGGGACAAGCUGAGGCUGUAUGUAGAGCAGAAGACCAGCCUGCCAGCUCUGAACCGCCUCUGCCACGCCACGCUCAAGGCUGUCAUUCCUGACAGUGUUGAGCAGUCAGAUGUCAGGUUUAGCAGUGCUGGGAAGGAUGGGGGACAGGCUGGUGCUGUCACAGGAUGUCAAGGCAGUCUUCCCUGAAAGCACCCACCGAGCAGUCAGAUGUCAGAUUCAGCAGUGCUGUGUGAGGGAUUUCCUGCUAGGAGGAGGAUGGGGACGAGCUGGUGCUGCUCAUUGGAGCUGCACACACUGACACAGGUGCCCGGCUCUUAAACCCCAGUGCCUCGGAGAGGGUCCCGCUGCCAAUCAUCUUUGGGGCUGCCAGGAGGCCUCGCUCCAGACCCUUGCUUACUGCACAACUUGCAGAUGCUGCCAUCCAGAUUCAGAAGCUCAGGGCAGCUGGUCAAGUGACUUUAACCUCUGACCUCAGAGGGUACCAUGCAGGCUUGCUUCUCUAUGUCCUGUGUCCCCAGAAGACAACCCUGCUGUUGACCAGUGACAGUCAGAAGGAUGGGGGCACUCCAGGGGAGCAUCUUAGUUACAUGUCUGCUAUAUGCCUGUGACCUGGGGGGAUGGAGUCCAGAGACAGAACACAUGGACCCAACUGAAACUGGCUACAUUUCCCUUGCCUGCAAUGAAUGUAUAAUUGACAUGUACAUACUACCCAGUGCCCCCAAAUCCCUGAGUCUUCUUCCUGUUUCCCAGAAGGCAAGUGGGGCCACCCCAGCUGUCACUUAUAACACUUGAGUAAGCAGUGGUGUCUGAGUUGGGAAAGCCCAAACAGCUUUUUAACAAACAGCUACCUGCAUUGGGUGCCCACCUGCUCUAGGAUACCCUUCUGUUCUGGGAGCUCACCUGCUGUGGGUGCCCCUGUUCCAGGGUGCUUGACUGCUCUGGAAUGCACACCUGGACUAAGUUUCUACUUGCUCUCAGACCCCACCAGGUCUGGGUGCCCACCAGGCUAGGAGCCCACCUGUUCUGGGAUGCCCACUUGGUCUGGGUGCCUACCUGCUCUGGGAUGCCCAUCUUGACACUGGGUUUAUUUAAGAGGGUCUUCGCCAUUACAUUAAGGAAGCUACAGGUGCUGCUGUGCAGGGCAAUGGGAGCCGCCAAAAGAUGUUAUAACAUGGUUGAAGGACUU